ACUGCGGCUUAUCAACAGAAUGCUUCGCCACGGCCGCCCUCCAGAAAUAACAAAAACAACUAGCAAACCAGACUGUUAUCGAUCGUUGGUACAUGUACCAGGUCUCACACCUAUGAUAAAACGCACACUAAAAAUCAACAUGCCUUCGGUGGGAAUCGCUUGCAGCAGCGAUCACACAGUCAAGAGUUUGUGUAAGACUGCUAAAGAUCCCGUUCCCCACAUGCAGAAAAGUAAUGCCGUAUACCGAAUUGCAUGUAUUGACUGCGAGAAAUGCUACAUCGGUAUGACCAAAAAUCAGCUGCGAACGAGGAUGUACGGCCACCAGUCGUUAGUGAACACUCUCGAUCGGCACCUAUCGACUGGUCACGAAUACUCUGAUCCACUGAUACAGCAGCUCAGAGAGAAAUCUGCUCUGUUGGAGCACGCUAUAGAUCAACAACACCGUUUUGAUAUAAACAAUCCAUCGAUAGUCGAUACCAGUUUCAAAACACAGGCGCUGCCGGUAUUGGAGAUGUGCCACAUAUACACCACUCCUGAUACGGUCAAUCGACGUACGGACACUGAUGGCAUCAGCGCUACAUAUAGCUAUCUGCUUACAAGUGUAGCGAAUCUGAGAGCGGAGCGACCAACAGCAGCCCGUCAGCACCAAAGCGACACCAACGAAGCAUUUGAUUCCAACACUAACCAAAGCUCAUAGACUUGUCCGCACAGAAUAUUUCUUCCUCCCCUGUAGUAUUGGUGUUUGGGCUAGAGUCCGACAGUUCGAGUGGGAAAAUUUUUGUGUGAUGGAGGCGAAGUGUAUCGCUCGAUAGGUUUUUUCACCAAAUGUACCAAAACUUGAAUCUGCGCUUCGGAUGUACGGCAUUAAACCCUUUACGACCCGACCUUUUUAUGUUUAGCAAAAACUUUUUAACUUGUUGGUUACUGUUCUCGAGCCCUGAUGAUGGUCCCAUAGAAGGACCGAAACGUUGGUGAUGAGCAGAUAGAAAUCAACGCAAUUCAUUAGACUGCAAGCCGAAAUAUAAAUCCCUUAAAUC